UUGCGGAACUUUACGAUUGGAGAAAGUGGAUUAUGAUUGCGAAGGAAACUCAAGAUAUACACAAAAUAUCAGAGUCAGUGAAUUAAUGACUAAAUUAAUUCCUACCCAUCUACCCAUCUUCAACAAGCUACAUUUGGUUGUAGAUCCUUCACGGGUAUAGUGUCAAAAUAUAAAAUCGUGGCCAAAGAGAACGCGCAGUAACUUAUGGAUUUGUGCCUUUACUAAAUCAUGGAUGUAUUGGUUUAUUCUUUUGGUCAUGCUGGGUGAGAUUGAUAAACCUGUCUGGCCUUUAACAUGUUGGGCCUAGCGCAGUGACAAUUUUGAAGUUUACUGUUGUGGAUCAAAUUUUGUCCUGGAUUUCCUGACCGAACAAACGCACCAGAWUUGAUCCUUGAAUUCAUCGAUGACAACUUUCUUUGAUAAAACAGACAAAUGCUUACGUGGUAUGAAUGGUACUUAUUCUAAUUACUGACUAAAAGACAUCAUCUGUCAUCGAUUUCCAGCCAAAACCGUUUGUUCACCAGUUCAAGUAUGGCUGSGUGUCCUAGAAAGCGAGAAACAAAAUACUCCUGGUUGGUUUGUGUUUGUGCUGCAAUAACAAACGGUAUGACGUCUUCUGUGUUUUUUAGCUUUGGUGUUUUUCUACCUGUCUUCAUGAAAGCGUUUGAUGAAAGCAGAGAAAAAACAGCUCUGCUGGGCUCUCUUACGUACUUUUUGGGAAUGUUUCUUUGUCUUCUGGCUGGAAAGAUUUGUAAUCGUUACGGAUGUAGAGUGUCUAUCAUCAUUGGCACCAUUUCAUGUAUAGCGGCUCUUCUUGUUUCUUCAUGGGCCACAGGAAUGACAUAUCUAUUCAUAUCGUUACCAAUUCUUUAUGGUUUAGGAAUAGCAUUCAAUCUUAUGGCUUGUUUUUUAAUGGUUGCCUUGUACUUUGAUAAGAAUCGUCAUUUAGCUCUCGGAUUUGUAGCUGCUGGGGCAUCUGCAGGUUAUUUUGUAGUCGCGCCCAUAGCACAAGARCUGAUYAGUUCCUUUGGGUGGAGAAACGCCUUAAGAAUAGAAUCAGGAAUGCUUCUUUGUUGUGGAAUAGCUACUAUCAUUGUAUUUGAUACCAACGUGGAAGCUGACCCAAAUGGAUGCGCUGAUGCCUGUGAUKCGAGCCGUUGUAUCAGGCACGAGAAAAAAUACUCUUGGAACAACCUAAAGAAAACUUUGAACUUUUGUAGUUUGUAUUACAGUGUGUCUGUUACAACAUUGUUUAUAGUGUCUUUAAGUCAUUAUUCUCUUCCUAUUCAUCUGGUUCGCAGUUGUGAAGAAAUAGGAAUUUCCAGUUCAAAGUCCUCCUAUCUGUACAUAGGUAUUGGUGUUGGA